GAGGGAGCUCGGCUGGCGCAGGGAGGUGGCCUUUGUCAGCGCUGGUGGCUGGCGAGAGGGGACCGGGGGCGCGGGGGGGGGGACGGGACCCCCCCCACCCGGGGCUGUCACCCGUGGGAGGAUGCUGUGAGGAGCUGGCGGCCACGAUCGCGCGUGGAUGCCCAGGAGGAUUUUGGGGGGACCCAGGAGCUUGGAGCUGCCGCUCGCCACCCCCCCACCCCCCAACUCUGCGUUGGGGUGGGGGCCACCGAGGGCCCCCCCCGGGAUUUUCAGCCUAGGAGCGGCUCCUGGAGGAGGUUUGCUGCAGGGCCGCCAGAAUGAGCACGGCCGCCAGCCCCGAGCCCCUGCCCUCGCCCCCCGCCCCGGGACCCCGAUAUUUCGACCGUUUUGCCGAGGGGGACCCCGAAUUCCUGCGGGAGCGCAACAUGGCAGCCGACCUGCGGCAGGACUUCAACAUGAUGGAGCAGAAGAAGCGGGUCACCAUGAUCCUACAGAGCCCGUCUUUUAGGGAGGAGCUGGAGAGCCUCAUCCAGGAGCAGAUGAAGAAGGGGAACAACUCGUCCCACGUCUGGGCCCUGCGGCAGAUCGCCGACUUCAUGGCCACCACGUCCCCCGCCGUCCUCCCCACCUCACCCAUAGGGCUGGCCUCCGUGACACCCAUCAACGACCUGCAUGGCCCCGAUGCGCCGGCCCUGGCCAAGGGCGAGCGGCUGAUGCGCUGCAAAGUGAGCAGCAUCCAUCGCCUGCUUGACCUCUACGGCUGGGCGCAGCUGGGGGACGCCUCCGUCACGCUGCGGGUGAGCAAGGAGCAGGAGCAUUUCUUGGUGGCCCCGCAGGGGCUGGCGUGCAGCGAGGUGACGGCAGCCAGCCUGAUCAAGGUGAACGUGCUGGGGGACGUGGUGGAGCAGGGCAACACCGGCUUCGCCCCCGACGCCCGUGCCUUCAGCUUGCACGCUGCCAUCUACGCCGCCCGCCCCGACACUCGCUGCAUCGUCCGCCUGCACACGCCGGCCACCGCGGCGGUGUCGGCCAUGCGCUGCGGCGUGCUGCCCAUCUCCCGUGCCGCCCUGCUCCUGGGGGACAUCGCCUACUUCGACUUCCGUGGGGAGGUGGAGGACGAGGCCGACCGGGUUGAGCUGCAGAAGUGCCUCGGCCCCACCUGCAAGAUCCUGGUGCUGCGCAACCACGGGGUGCUGGCGCUGGGUGACACCGCCGAGGAGGCUUUCUACAGCAUCUUCCACCUGCAGGCAGCCUGCGAGGUGCAGGUGUCGGCGCUGGCGAGCGCGGGGGGAGCGGAGAACCUCAUCGUGCUGGAGCGCGCCAAGCACCGGCCCCACGAGGUGGGCUCGGUGCGCUGGGCAGGCAGCACCUUCGGGCCCAUGCAGAAGAGCCGCUUGGGCGAGCACGAAUUCGAAGCCCUCAUGAGGAUGCUGGACAACCUGGGUUACCGCACCGGCUACACCUACCGCUACCCCUUCGUGCAGGAGAAGAGCAAACCCAAAAGCGACGUGCUGAUCCCCGCCACGGUGACGGCCUUCGUCUUCGAGGAGGAGGCCGCCCCCGUCCCCGCGCUGCGGCAGCACGCGCAGAAGCAGCAGAAGGAGAAGACGCGGUGGCUCAACACCCCCAACACCUACCUGCGGGUCAACGUGGCCGAGGAGCAGCAGGGCAGCGCUGGCAGCCAGAGGACGAAGACGACGUGGCUGAAAGCAGACGAGGUGGAGAAAGGCAGCAGCGGGACCGCGAUCCGCAUCGAGAACCCCAACCAGUUCGUGCCCCUCUACACGGACCCACAGGAGGUGCUGGAGAUGAGGAACAAGAUUCGGGAGCAAAACCGUCAGGACGUGAAGUCGGCCGGGCCCCAGUCGCAGCUGCUGGCCAGCGUGAUCGCCGAGACGAGCCGCAGCCCCUCCACAGAGAGCCACUUGGGGGAUGCGGAGGCCAAAGAUGCAUCCCAAGAGGAGCCCCCAGCUGAGCCGGAGCCCCCGAACCCCUUCAGCCAGCUCACGGACCAGGAGCUGGAGGAGUACAAGCAAGAGGUGGAGAGGAAGAAGUUGGGGCUGCAAGGCGAGAAGGAUGCGGCGGUGGAGGAAAGCCAGGGAUCCCCCCAAAAAUCACCCCCGGCGUCCGCACCGCAGAGCCCGGCCAAAAGCCCGGCCCCGUCGCCCACCAAGCCCUCGGAGGGUGACAAGAAGGUGGAGGACGGCCAAGCUCCUGCCGACUCCACCACCGAGAAGGAGCCACCGCCAGCGGUGAAUGGGAAGGAGGAGGAGCAGAGCACUGAGGAAAGCCAGGGUAAAGGGGGGGACCAGACAACCACCCCGGCCAACCCCGACACGGACGCCCCCAAGGAGAAGAGCGAGACGGUGACCAGCAGCCCCGUCUCCCCCGAGGGCUCUCCAUCCAAAUCGCCCUCCAAGAAGAAGAAGAAAUUCCGGACCCCGUCUUUCCUGAAAAAGGGCAAAAAGAAGGAAAAGAUCGAAUCUUGAGUCUUCUCUGAGGCUUCCCACUGCCGGCGUGGCUGAGCAUCUCUCUGGUCGGCUCCUGCGUCAUGCGUCUGGCCGAGGCGCAGCCAAAAACCCUGGAGGCUCCCGGGGUACUCCCGGCACAAGGCCCCUCGUCCCCCGACACCCACUUCGGAGGCAGCCACUGAGCUUUCAAAAGAUUGUGGCCUCCGUUUGCUGCUUGGGGAAAUACCCACUGCCAUCUCCCCGCUCCCACGAGCGCUCCCUCCUCCCUCCUGGGCACGGGGUUUGUUUUUUCCCACCGCUGCUUGUAGAGCCUCUGUGCAACGCAGGGCGCAGCCCGGAUACGCUUGGUUUUGAGAAAGAAAAGGGUGUUGUCGUCGUUUUUUGUUUUGUUUUUAAAUUAUUAUUGUUAACCUUUUGUUUCAAGCUCCGCUGGAUUGGCGCUGGCUUCGCCCACGGCACAACUCUCUGCCGGGGUGAUCGAGCAGGAUGCCGGAGGAUUGCUCUCCCUGAAGGAGAGGCCGAGGUGGUGGGGCUGGGGCCCUUUCCUUCCUGGAUUGCAAUCUCCCCCCCCCUCCCCGACUCAAGAGCUGCCUCCAGUCCCCUUCUCCUGGUGCCACGGUCUCACACAUCUGCUGCCUGGUGAAGAGCAGCGAGAUUUCACAGCGCUGGGGAAUCCCCCACCGCAACACACCUGAGAACAGAGAAGAAAAAAGAGCCUCGGGGAAGCGCCCAUUGUUAUUUAAAACUGAGCAAACUUCACUCACUAAGUGCUACUUUGGGAUGAACACACGCUGCCGAUUCACUUCUGUCAGAGGCACCGUCGAGGCGGCCGCCCUGGUCCCCCCGCACCAAGUCACAGCGAUGCUGACCCACGUACGAGGCUGUGCCCGUGUCGGCCCCGUCGGCGAGUGCCUGUCCACGUAGAGAGCACGAGAGUCACGUCUGAAGCCGAACCGCUGCUUUUCCCUAGCUCCGGACUCCCAAGCACAAGCUGAAACCCUCCCUGGUGUUUCCUUCCCGCCCAGCCUCGCUGCCUGUGACCACGACUGUCCUUACAACCUCCUGGCCAUGCCCCAAGGGAAGAAGAAAAAGCAGUGAUGCAGGGAAUUUAGGGAACAAAGCCAGCCUGUGUCCCAUCACGAGCCACAGGGGUUUGCCAUGGGGCUCCUGUGGGGCUGGGGCUCCCGUCCACAGCCCCAGCCUCGGGCCUUUCCAACCACCGUUCACCCCCCUGUGGUUUUCCCAACACCAUGUUUUCAAAGCCUUCUCGCUGCUGCAAGGCGGCUUUUGGUUUUUGUGUCCCCUCUGGAAGAGCAGAAAGGCAGUCGUGGGUGAGGUGGAUUUUUGGGGGCACUCGGGAACACCUCAGGCAUGGAGUGGGGCUGGAGCAGGCAACUGGGAUCAAGUGCAGGAAAUUUGUAAGCAGUGGUUGGUUUUCUUUGCAGGGCCGUAGUUUGGGGUGUGCCAGGCAAAUUCUGAGUGGAAAAGUCAAGUGCAAAAAUACAAACCUCACACAACCUUCUCUCCCCAAAACUUGGAGCUCCAGGGCAGAUCCAAACCUGGAUUUUGGAGCUUGGGAGAGCAUUUGCCCUGCCAGCACCAAGCUGCAGUGCUGGUGCUAGAGCUGAGGCUCCUCUGUCUCCUGGGGGAGCCUGAACGCCUAAAUUUGAUGUCUGAGAAGGAUGGUGUGAAUCCCAGCCCCGUGCUCUUGCCUGUGAUCAAUACAUAGUGUAUAGUAAGUAGACUUUGACGUGUAAACCCCAGGCCCCACUCUGUAACCGUUCCUGUAAGAUGUAGUUUACCGCUGAUGAUUUCAAGGGUCCUGGGGUGGUUCCCAAAUCCCAACACUGCCUCACUGCCCACCAUGGACCCCACGGCUGUGUGGUGAAACCCGGGGCACUUUGGACAUCGCGUGCAGUGAAACCCACGUGUAGGUAAGCGAGGAGAAAGGCUUGGAGGGCUGGCAACGCAAUGAGUGGCCUCACUGCUUAGCUAUUAGAGAGGGUCACAGGAUCCUUUAUUACAGGAUCACAGCAGUGUUACAGCUCCCCUGCCUGCCAAGGCCUCCUACUCUCUUCCCAUUUUGCCCCCUUUGCCUCACUGCUUUCUUCUUACCCCUUGGGCGAAGCCAGCCUGGGCAGUACCAGGGUUCAAAAUGUGGUGGCUUGUUUUCAGGGCACUAUCCCGGCUGUAGGUAGAGAGCCGCCAUCCCCUGCCAAGGUGCAGGGAGCAGCCUGGAAGCAGAGAAAGCUGUAAACUAUAGGAUCCUGGGAUGGUUGAGGUGGGAAGGGACCUCCAGAGACCGCCCAGCCCAACCCCCUGCCUGCAGGAUCACUUGGGGCACGUUACACAGGCUGGCAACCAGGUGGAUUUUGAAUAUCUCUAAAGAAGGAGACCCCACAACCUCUCUGGGCAGCCUGAGCCCUAAAGAAGUUCACCCUCACACAGCAAUGAAACCUCCCGUGCUUCACCGAGGCCUCGGAGCACGGCCAUGGCCAAGCACUGGAAGACGCCCAAAGGCUCGGUGGGGCCCACGCCGGUGCCGUGGGGGGUUGGUGGCCGAGGGAGGAGGCCGGUGGGUGCCGGCCCGUGCUGGUUGCGCUGUGUAACACCUGCCUGUAAAUAAACCCGAGUUCGGCA